AUGACGCGGCUCCUCGGUGGCGCCCCCCUGGGGGGAGCUGGCAUCGACGAGGGAAAAGACCUGACGCGAGAUGACGUCGACAGCAAACAUGACACGAAGUGGUCUAGACUCCUGCAUGCUACGUUCACCUAUACAUAUUGGACUGAUCAACUGAAAGGAGACGAUGAAACCAUACCAAACAAUGAUUUCUCUCACUACAUCGUUGGCGGGACAGAGGUGGCGCCGGGAGCGAGGCCGUACCAGGUGGGACUUAUUGAUAAUGGACAGACCGGUGAACCAUUUUGUGGAGGUUCGCUGAUCGCCGAGGACUGGGUGCUGACUGCUGCUCAUUGUGUUACCAAUACAGAUGUUGAAGCCAUCGUUGUCAUGCUUGGUACAGAAAACUUUAACGGCAUUGGCGGUGAAACAAGACGUGUGUCGUGCAUCAUCGUGCACGAAGGCUACAAGGGAAACACUAACUCGGCAGACAUCGCGCUCAUCCAGCUGUCUGUGUCGGCGUCGAACAUCCCCAAUGUGGCCCCUGUCACGAUGGCAGCACUUGCCAAUAACGUGGAUGCAUUAACGGGCAAACCCUUAGUGAUCAGCGGAUGGGGAACAACAAGCUCCGGUGGUCAGCAGUCAAACGUCAUGUUGGAAGCGGAUGUUAUAGGCAUCAGCCAAGCUACCUGCAGCGGACAGUACGGCGGUGGUAUCGAUGACGGAAUGGUGUGUGCAGCCGCUCCCGGGAAGGAUUCGUGCCAGGGUGACUCUGGUGGACCGAUGGUAGACGAAAAUGGCGGCGACCCAAUUCUGGAGGGCGUGGUGUCGUUCGGAGAAGGUUGUGCGGAUCCGGACUACGCGGGAGUGUACACCAGAGUGUCUUUCUACCGAAACUGGGUGGAUAGCAUGCUUCAAUUGACUACCUGCCCAUCGCCACCCUCAAACACCGACGGACCAGAACCAACAUCAUAUACCGAUUCGUCAGGACCAACCUCUUAUACCGAUUGGUCAGGACCGCCCCAACAUACCGAUUGGUCAGGACCGCCCCCACAUACCGAUUGGUCAGGACCGCCCCCACAUACCGAUUGGCCACCAUACCCAUGCCCGUGCCCGUGCGAUCACUCCGGGCCACCCCCGGAUGAGAAUUAGUGCGACUGAUAGGUGCCCUGCGUGUCGCGUUGACAUGUUAGUACGUUUUCAGGAAAUCGACAAUUUGCUCUCGUAAUAUACGAUUGCUGGUAUCUCUCCACGGUAUCGACUAGGAUGCGGUCAGCAGUGAAUGACUAUUAAUUUACUCCUGAGUAGAUGACAAAUGCGCAAAUCAAUAACAAUACAAUAUAUUGUUAUAGAUUUGCGUAUUUGUCAUCUACUCAAGAGUAAAUUAUAUUUUUAAUAGCGACAAUAAUCGUAGUUUAGAUUAUAGUUGUUAUAACGACAAUGGUUAAAGCUAAUUGGUAGAUAGAUGGUACAGCGUCCUUCCCUGCUGUGCCACAGCAGAGGGAUUCUGUGUCCAUCAAUAAAACAAUAAAAAUUAAGAUAUUAUAACAUAUGGCAAUGGUGGAUAAGUAUAUGGCAUAAAACACAUUAUCAUGGAUUACCAUUAUAGAUGGAUUAUCAAUAAUUAAUAUACAGAUAGUAUGUUAGAUACGAUCAUAUGGGAUGGUAGCGGUAACAUCGCGUACAAAAAAUGGUUCUACAAUAAAGCAUAUA